CUUCAUAUGACUCUCAUGUAAUAUAUUUCAUAGUUAAUCAUAUUACAAGUAAAGGUAACAUCUGUAUGGAAACCUAACUGGACAUCAGACUGUUUAUAUGGGAUGGAUCACCUCAACUCAACCCACAGCCCAACCAACCAAUCUUCAACCAACCAAUCAGACUUCAGCAGUCUCUUCACCCAGCAGGUCCUCCCAUUGCUCUACUUUGUGAUCUGCAUCGUGGGUGUUUCCCUCAAUGGUGUGGCCGCCUGGAUCUUCUUCAGAGUGCCCAGUGACUCGGGGCUGGUGGUCUACCUGAAGAACAUGGUGGUGGCUGACCUCCUCAUGUUGUCCUCCUUCCCCUUCAGGGUGGCGGCUCAGCUGGGUCUGGGCGGCUGGCGCCUGCAUGUGAUCAUCUGUCGCUACACCGCCGUGCUCUUCUACUCCUCCAUGUAUGUUGGGAUCCUCUUCAUGGGGCUCAUCAGCCUGGAGCGCUACGUGAAGAUCGUCCGACACACGUCGUCCUCCUCCUCUUGUACGUCCCGGGUGGGUGGCGUGUCCUCGCUGCACCUCCUGCAAAGCGUCAGCUUCGCCCGGGGGCUGGCGCUCCUCACCUGGAGCCUCCUCCUCCUCUGUGUCCUGCCCAACGCCGUGCUGACCAGCCGGCCAGCCAAUGAGGAGAACUCGCGUCACUGCAUGCAGCUGAAGACGCCGCUGGGUGUGCAGUGGCACCGGGUGUCCACCCUCUUCAGCGUGGCCCUUUUCUGGGUGACGCUACUGGUUCUCGUCUUCUGCUACGCCUCCAUCGCCCGCCAAGUCUACCAGUCAUACCGCCGUGUUCGGCGUGACAGCAGCGAUGUCUGCCGCAAGUCUAACCGCAGCAUCUUCAGCAUCCUGGCCGUGUUUUUCAUCUGCUUCGUGCCGUACCACGUCUGCCGUGUGCCGUACACUCUCAGCCAGAUGCCGGCGUCGGGCUUCAGCCCGGCCAGUCGCUUCCUGCUGUUCCAGCUGAAGGAGGGGACGCUCUUCCUGUCGGCGCUCAACGUCUGCCUCGACCCCAUCAUCUACUUCCUGAUGUGCCGAACCUUCAGAGAGUCACUGCUGAGGAAACUGUCCGGAAGAGGGAGGAGGAGUUCCCUGACCACCGCUCAGAGUCUCAGCAACAUUUAGGAGGAGACGAGAGCGCACUGCAUUCAUCAAAGAAAAAAUAAACUGACCUAUUGCAUCAACAUUACUGUAUCUAAUAUCUGAAUAUCUGUGGUCUAUCUGUCUAAAUUACAAAAUCAUAACACAGCAUACUUUAAAAACAUUAAAUUAUGAAUUAUGUGAUUAAGAGCUUUUGAGAAUUCUUUUGUUAUUUUUGUGUCAUGAUGUGAUAUUUUCUAGACUGAAAUAAGUGUAUAUGAUUGUAUAGUAGUAAAUAAAGAGUAAAUAUUAAAGUAGCAUUCACAUAGUUUCAGAUUUAUGUUAUAUUGUUGAAGAACCAAGAGACAGGAAAGAAAGGGGAAGG